UCCCGAAUAUAAUGCGCACUUUUUUUCCCCAAAAUCAACUUGUAAACUCAUGGUGCGCAUUAUAAACGGGUACAUGGAUGGAGACAGAAAUAUAUAUGUAUUACAUAUAUAUAUAAACCGAUUUUUUUUUCAUUGACACGGCCACGUUGUGUUGAAGAAACGUAUGCGGCGACCCGUUGCCGACCAUUACGGUACGUGACGUCACCAUUUUGUUUCGGUAAUACUUCACACUAAUCGGCCGAAUGAUUUCGUCUGUGUUAAAUUCUGCUUUUUUCACUCUUCAUAAAGCACAGAAUUUAGUUUCUUGAACUCAUUUGAGUCGACGUUUAUUGCAGCUCCACAAUUCGGAGCAUAACAAAUGUAAGGACACACACUUCCUGUGUCCGUCAACUAUAUCGGUCCCUCGGGAAACUCAAACCCAAAUAACAAUAGUUCAGUAGUUUUACCGUAUCAAUCCAUGGAAGAAACAUUUAUUCAUCAUGAGGAAACGCGCAAGUUAUACAGCAGCCUUUAAAAGAAAAGUCACAUCCGUUUUGUUUUCUCCUAGAUUCUGAGCAGAUACGUUGGUGCAGAUCGAGGUGUGAGGCUCUACAGUUCUCUGCCCAUGCGCUCCAACCCUGACGGCAAGAGACUGCCAUCUCCUGGAUUUGAUGGUGACAACAUGUACAUGAAUGAAAACAACCAUGAGUUCCUCCCGCCCAGCCAGAACUACACAACUCAGACUGGUGGCGGUAACGGCAGUAAUGGUGGAGGAGCUGGAGGUGGCGGCGGUGGCGGAAGCGGUGGCGGCGGAACAACAAGCGGCAAUGGAGCCGGGGACGAAGACUACGAGAUCCCUCCCAUUACUCCGCCCAACCACCCGGAGCCUCCUUUGCUACACCUGAUGGAGCACGACUCCACGGGCUACCUCUGCCACUCGCUGUCACACAACGGCCUCAUCAACCCUUAUUCCUACCCGGAAUUGCCCACCCUCAUGAUGUCUAACAUGCUAGCGCAAGACAGCCAGCUCGUGUCCGGACAGAUGCCAUCGAUGCACGAGAUGGCUAUGCACCACCACCAUCACCACCUCCACCAACAACAGCAACACCACCACCAUCACCACCAGCAGCACCACCCAGAUGGCGCUCGUUACGAUCCCGCCCGUAACCACCCACUGAUUAACCGUUCGCCUCCGAUAUUGGCCAAUCCGAUGAGCGCGCUCUCACAGCUGAACCCUCAGCUGGGUCGAAGCGCACUUCCCCACGGUUCCCCCUCACCUCCCGGGAGCAAAUCGGCAACGCCCUCCCCUUCCAGUUCCAAUCAGGAAGAGGAGACCGAUCCUCAUUUGAAGAUGACAGGUGAAAAACGGCCAUCCUCCGAGAUGAUGAAGCCCAAGCCCAAACCGCAGAAGAAAAAGAAGAAGAAGGACCCUAACGAGCCCACCAAGCCCGUGUCGGCAUACGCGCUCUUCUUCAGGGACACUCAGGCAGCCAUUAAAGGGCAGAAUCCCAAUGCCACAUUUGGAGACGUGUCUAAGAUCGUCGCUUCCAUGUGGGACGGCCUGGGAGAGGAGCAGAAACAGAACUACAAGAGGAAAACAGAAGCGGCUAAAAAGGAGUACCUGAAAGCCUUGGCUGCCUACAGAGCUAGUCUGGUUUCCAAGACAUAUAACGACCCGGCGGAGCCCAAAAGUGCCCAAACAAGCCAGGCGUCUCCUCACAUGUUGCCCAACUCCUCCCUGUACAGUGUGCCGCCUCCUCCCCAGCCUUCAUCCCCUUACCUGGGCCCGGGGGCCUUCCCUCUGGCCGACCUGCAGAGCUACGCCGGCCACGCCCCACGCCACACCCUCUCACAGACGCUCAGCCAAUCGCAGAUGCUGCCCAGCAUUAGUGCCUCUCCGCCCUCCUCCUUCCAGAUCAGUCCGCCGCUCCACCCCCACCAACAGCUGUCUCUUCACCAGAGCUCUCUGCUCAACCAGCCAAUCCGCAUGCAGCAGGUCCAAUCCCAGCCAAUCAUCUCUCACCAGAUAGGCCUGCAGGCCCCGCUCCACUCCCCGCCUCCUGGCCAACAGGGCUUUCCCCACCUUCAGUCAGAGUAUCAAAAGAGCAUUGGAGCCCCGCAUUCUCCAGGAGGGUCCGGGGGUCCCGGUCCAGGGCCGGGGGUCGCUCCGGGACACGACUGGGAUGGGGAAUACUGCAAUCGGGAGUGCGGCAACCACUGCAGCGGCAGCAUGAUAGGCAGGGACAAGCCCCUCUACCUCACCUGAGCCCCCGAACGGCCAGCGUUGGACCCGAAUGACCCUCUCUUUUCUCCCUUCCCUCCCUCCUUUACCUUUGUGUACAUACGUGUACUUAAACAUACAAACACACCGCUCCAUGCCAUUGUUUCCUAACGGGUGGGCAGGGGUUGGGGGGUGACUUCCUGUAUAAGCACUUACGAGACCCCCCCACCCCCACUUGUGGCAGGCUAGGCCGAGCUGUGGAGUGCUCGUCCUUUUUGUCCCCUCAGGGACCCCAUUCAGCUUUAAUUAGAAAAAAAACUUGUUGUCGUUGUUGUUGUUGUUACUCUUUUAAUUUAUUUCCGCCUUGCUCCCACCUCUGCUGUCGAGAGAUAUUUACUCCUACUCCUGCAUUUCUGUUUAUGCUUAAAGGGGACAUAUUGUGGCAAAAUUUGACUUUCUAAUGUUUGUGUACAAAAAGUGGGCUCUCCGGAGUGCCUGCCCACCCAUCAAGUGUGAAAUUAAACUAACAAGAAAAUUUCAACGUGGCAAGAAAUAUGCUGUAAAAAGGAUAUGCUGUAAAAAUCAAGACAAAGUCUUUAUUUUCGAUCCUUGGGGUGUUUUGAGUAAAGAAUGUCACAUAAGUGUCAUGAAGACACCUGAGAAAGACAUGAUGGGGAAAAUUGUAUGUCUCCUUUAAGGCCAGCAAAUUGUUACACACACACAAAAUCUUUUUUUUUCUCCUAGUUUUGGUAUUAUUUUGAAAUAAUAAAAGACCCCUGGAGGUCCAAUGAGCUGUCACACAGUGUGAUUGUAAAUACAACUUUUAUGGGAUCGAAUAAGGAAGUUCACAUAAGGUUCAUAAGGUUAAACAUACAUGGAAGUCAUUGAGAGCGUGCGUGAGUGCGUGUGUGUUUGUUUUGUUUUUGUUUUUUAAUUCAAACAACAGAUCAUUUCAUAGAAGGGCAUAAAAAAUUCAACUUAAUAAUAACUUAAUUACACAUUGCCUCAAAUAAAAAGCUUAUUUUUGUCCCACCGUAAAGUUAAUUUUAGGAAUUUGCUGAAUUUUUGUUUGUUUCUUUUUUUUAUUUUAUUUUUUUUUUAAUAGGUUUCUAGUUAUGUUUAUAACUCCUGUGUGAUGGACAUUAAAGCAUUUUGCUGAUUUUUCUUUAAAUCCCUUGAGCAUUUUAAGUUGUGUACAAAAAAUAAAUGAAUAAAAAUAAAGACAAAAAAGCCAAUUGUGGUUAUAUUAUUUGUAAAGUCAGUAACUAUAAAUAUUUUAAAUGGUUAGCAACUGUUUUUUUGCCAAUUGACCAUCAGCCAAUGACAUUUUUUAUUUAUGAGCAAGGUAAAUGAUGUUUGUUGAGUUAAUAAGUAAAUAGAGAUGUUUUUUCUUUUUAAAUUGAGUUUUUUGUAUUUUGAUCUCAUUUUAUGAUUAACUUUAUUUCAUUUUUCUAAUUAUUUUACAUCGUUAUUUUCAUUAUAUUUUCAUGUUUGUUUUUUUUAGUUUAUUUUAUUAUGUUUUUUUUGUGGUGUUUUUUUUUUUCAGAUGACUUGUUUUAUUGUUUGUUUGUUUUUUAGUUACAUGUUCCUUUCGUUUACUUUGUUUUAUUUUGUUUUUUACUUCCAUUAUUUUUUUCAUCUUAUUUUGCAGUUUGUUCAUGUUAAUUUGAUUUGAAUGUUUUUAUUUUUCUGCUCCCCAACAUGAGGUCUGCUCUACAGGAGACGGAUUGCGUUUCUUUUUCUAUCUUUUGUAAUUUGUUACAUCUGCGGCAACUCUUUGUGUCACAACGCUUCUUUUUAUUUUUGCAAGCAGCAUUAUGAAGAUGAUAAUAAUAAUAAUAAAAUGUUUCAAAGUGA